AGAGAGAGAGAGAGAGAGAGAGAGAGAGAGAGAGAGAGAAUGGCUGCUUGCCGUUGUAGAAUCACCUUUCCAAUUAGGUGCACUUCCAACAGUAACAAUAGCCAUGAUCCUAAUAAGCAGAAUAUGCACAAAAUUAAAAUCAAGGGGACCUGUUCUAGGCCCCAUAAGGUUGAUUCACUCAGCCAAACUGCAGGAGUGGCAAUCACUUCAGUAGCUUCUGUUGCUGAGAAUCUCUCCCACACAAAAGAGCAGAUCACUCGCCAGAACAUCCCCACCAAGAAACAGUAUAUUGAUGCUCAUCGUCAAGGCCUUAUCAUUGAAGAAGGCGUUGGCUACAGACAGAAAGUUGUUAUCAGGUCCUACGAAGUAGGUCCUGAUAAAACUGCUACACUUGAGAGCAUCCUCUAUCUUCUUCAGGAAACAGCAUUGAAUCACGUAUGGCUAUCGGGACUUCUCAGCAAUGGAUUUGGGGCUACACAUGGAAUGGUGAGGAAUAAUCUCAUCUGGGUUGUCUCAAAAUUGCAAGUUCAAGUGGAUCAAUAUCCAAUCUGGGGAGAGGUGGUGGAAAUCGACACAUGGGUAGGAGCUUCAGGAAAGAAUGGAAUGAAGCGAGACUGGCUCAUCCGAAGCCAAGCGACAGGCCAUGUCUUUGCACGAGCAACAAGCACUUGGGUGAUGAUGAACGAGAAGACGAGGCGCCUGUCGAAGAUGCCAGAGGAGGUGAGGGCUGAGCUUUCUCCUUGGUUUAUAGAGAAACAAGCAAUCAAAGAAGAGGUCCCCGUGAAAAUUCCAAAGUUGGACGAGAAAGCUAGAUAUGCCAUCACUAACUUAAAGCCCAAGAGGAGUGAUUUGGAUAUGAACCAACAUGUCAACAAUGUGAAGUAUGUAAGAUGGAUGCUAGAGACAAUCCCUGACCAGUUCUUGGAGUCCCAUCAACUCUCAGGGAUCAUACUAGAAUAUAGAAGGGAAUGUGCGAGUUCAGACAUUGUUCAAUCUCUAUGUGAUCCUGAUGAAGAUGGGAUCAAUAACAGUUGUUUAAAACAAGCUAAUGACAUUCCUCAGCUGAAUGGGUUCUCAUUGGCUUCUGAAAUAAUGGAAAGAAAUGGACUCCUGGGAUCAGUGGACAAGGUACCACUAAGAUAUACACACCUCCUUCUAACCAAAGGAGAGACUCAAAAUGAAGAGAUUGUUAGAGGGAAGACAACAUGGAAGAAAAAGCAGAAAACUAUGCCAUUUCAACCUAGCAAGAAUUAAUUUAAAUUAAAGUAAGUAUUUUUCAUCAAGUAGAAAGGGUUUAGCAAUCGUGUCGUCCUUGUUGAACAUCAGUUUGAGACCUUCAUCCUCAAAUCUAACAGGACAAGGUACUUCUGCAAUAAUUAUUCAAGUUAAAAUGGGCGUACAUAAGAUUGGAAUUGGACUACUGUACACGUACAUCCAACUCCUCCCCAAGAUUUUUGGACAUGCUAGUAUCGAUUGGAAGCUGAAUGAUUAUUGUGCUAAUAAUAUCCGAUUGAGGGUGUCACUGGAAGGAUUGAUGAUGUAUUGGGGCCCAUAAGAUUGGAAUUGGACUACUUUAAAUGUACAUCCUUUAUCCUUCCCAAGAUCUUUGGACAUUCUGGUCUUGAUUGAUUGAUUGAAAGCUGAAUGAUUAUUUUGACGAUAAUAUCCUAUCAAGGGUGUCAUUGGAACAGUAAAUGAUAUAAUGGCCCCAGAAAUCGAAGGAUUGUUUUGAUUGUAAUUUGAGAAGCGCCUUCAGAUUGUAUCUAAAAAGAUUAAUUAUUAA